GCCUUUCGUCUUCUGAGUCAACUCGGACUCAUGUAUUUACUUCACUACACAUUCCUGGAGAAAUUUUAUCUGCGUCUGUUCUUCCAGAUUGUCCAGGCGGCACCAGCUUCUCUCAAAUCGAGUUUGGUUAAUUGUUUUCAGCGCAGCAUUUGAGGGAACAUGGCAAAUAAACUUAUAGACCUUGGUUUGGGACCAAUACAUGGUUACAUUUCCCUUGAGAAGAAGAUGCAACAUGUUCAAAAAGAACUUGAUCAUUUGACGUGUCGAUCAGGUGAUAUGAUCACGAGAGUACGAGGUGCACACUCGCACCUACAAAAGAAAAGGAAGAGGGCAGUUGAAGAGUUGUUUAAGGUAGUUGAGGAUAUAAAAAUAGAAUUUGAAUGCCUCAAAGAGCAAGCCCAGCAAGCUAGCUUUUAUAAUAUUUAUGCACGUUGGAAGAUGGUGCAACAUGUUGAUAAAAUGAUUAAGGAACUUACAAAGCAGGGUGCAUCUCUGGAGAAGAUUUUGCCUGGUGGGCUGCUAGUAGAAACAGAGUGGCAAGGCCAAACAAUUGAAACAAAUAUGAAAGAAAUCUGGGCUUGGCUUUUGAACGAUGGGAUCUCAAGUGUUGGAAUAUAUGGUAUGGGAGGGGUAGGCAAAACAACUUUAGCAAAACAUAUCUAUGAGGAUUUCGUCAUUGGAACUAAAUUCCCUGAUAGAGUUUACUGGGUUGCUGCCCCACAAGAGGGCAGCAUCCAUAAAUUACAGGACAGUGUUGCCAAAGCCGUAAAUGUGGAUCUCUCAAAUGAGGAAGAUGAGAGGAAACGGGCAGCCAAAUUGUUCAUAGCAUUGAGCAGAAUGGAAGAUUUUGUGAUCAUAUUGGAUGAUGUAUGGAUCCCAUUUGACAUAAAUAAAAUUGGAAUUCCUUUAGGCUUAGAUGGAAGCAAGUUGAUAGUAACCAGUCGAUCAUUAGAAGUGUGUCGUCAAGUAGGUUGCCAAAAGGAAAUAAAAGUCGAACCUCUUUGCGAGAAAGAAGCUUGGACAUUGUUUCUGGAGAAACUUUGUCCUCCACAUCAACUUCCUUUGGAUGUAAAGGAGAUCGCGAAGUCUAUGGUGCAAAGAUGCGGUGGUCUGCCGCUCGGGAUUAUCACCAUUGCUGGACGGAUGAAGGGAGUGCAUGGCAUUCAUGAGUGGAGGGAAGUCUUAGAAGAGUUGGAAGGAUCUUUUGUUGGGCAAAAUGACAAUCUCUUUGAUAUCUUGCAUCUCUCUUUUAAUCACUUGAGAGAUCGGAGAUUGAAGGAAUGCUUCUUGUAUUGCUCUUUCUACCCUGAAAACUGCAAAAUUCCAAGGGAUGAAUUGAUAAGAUUGUUGUUUUUGGAAGGACUCAUGGAUAAAAGAAGAUCGAGGGUAUCAUUAUUUGACCAGGGCCAUGUGAUACUGAAAAGACUUGAAAGGAUGUGUUUAUUGGAAAGUAAUGAUAGAGAAAUUGAAUGUGUCAAGAUGCAUUGUUUGAUACGAGAUGUGGCACUAAGGAUAAUAGACUCUGACAGUAAGUAUAUGGUAAAAUCUGGAAGAUGCUUGCAACGCAUACCAGAUGAGAUUGAAUGGAAAGAGGAUUUGGAAAAGGUCUCAUUGAUAGAUAACAACAUAUCAUUAAUUCCGUCAGGCAUAUCACCUAAGUGCCCUAAACUUUCAAGCUUGAUUUUGGCGAGUAAUCAUUUGAGAUCGAUUCCUGAUUCAUUCUUUUCUCAGUUGAGAGCCCUCCGAGUUCUGGAUUUAAGCCGCAACUAUGACCUUGAAGUGCUGCCAAACAGUGUUUCACAAUUGAGGAACCUUAUUGCACUGUUGCUAUCUGAAUGUUACAGACUCAGUUUUGUACCGCCACUAGGGGGGCUCAAGGCAUUGAAGGAGUUAGAUCUAUAUCAUACUGCUAUUAAGAAUGUGCCUGAAGGCUUGGAAAGAUUGGUCAAUCUGAACUGCCUAAACAUUGAUAGUACAGGAUUAAGGACGAUUCCAGAUGGUACAAUAUGCAAACUCUCCCAUCUUCAAAGCCUCCGGAUUCCAGAAGAUGUGGAAGUCAGAGUAGAAGAACUAAAAGCAUUGAAACAUCUAGAAGAAUUUCAAGGUGGAUUUUCUCUCUGUCAUUUUGUUCAAUAUCGCCAGAUCUACGAAACUCCCAUUUUUUAUACUAUUGAAGUGAGCCCAAGUCUAAGCCUGUUAUGGUUUCCAUCUCCAGUUCCAUGCCAAAUAAAUAACAAGGUGACACUUAGUGGUAUAGAUCUAGGAGGAGGAAAGAGUGCCAUAGUGCUGCCAGAGGACAUUCAACAACUAGCUCUAAUAAAUUGUCAUGGGCUAAGCGCCUGCUUAACCACUGCUUUCUCAUCGUUCAAUAUUCAAAGAAGAGGCUUGACUCUGUGUUUAAUUGACAAUUGUCCUGAACUGGAGUGCAUCAUGAAGGUGUCUUCUUCUGAAGACCAACUAGUUGGAGAGAUGAUUUUAUCUCCUUGGGCCCCACUGGAAAGCCUUGAGCAUUUGAGUCUCCAUUUGUUGCCAAAUUUUGUUGGACUCUUCAAAUGGGAAAUUGAAUUUGACCCUCCAUGUAGGAUUUUUUGCCAUCUAAAAUCAAUUACCAUCAGCAGGUGCAAUACAAUGACGACAAUAUUCACACCAUGGUUGCUGCAACACCUGAAAAAUCUGGAAGUGGUUGAAUUGCUGUUUUGUGAUCGAUUGGAAGAGAUAAUAGCUGACAAGGAAGGGGGCAAAGUACGUUCCAGUCUAAAUAACGGUGACCAACACUCUCUUAAAACCUUUGUCAACUUCCCAAGGCUUAAAAAGUUGACUUUACAACAUCUGCCAAAACUAAGGAGCAUCUGUGAGGGAAUAAUAAUCUGUGAUUCCAUUGAGAAUAUUAGGGUAAUAGGGUGUAAAAAUCUUGCAAGGAUGCCUCUGUCCUUUUCCGGCAUUGAUGGACAACCAAAUCCCUCCCCGCCCCUUACAGCUGUUGAAAUCUUGAAAGAAGAGCUUGAGUGGUGGAAGUUGUUGCGAUGGAAAGAUCCUGGUUCAGGGAGUGUCAUACAACCUUUUGUUCAAUUUGUUGCUGAAUCUCCAGUAGUUUAAUCAAUGUCCCCUUCAACCGUCAACUUUGCAGCACAGCAGCUGUUGUUGCUGGGAAGUGCAUGAGGAGAAUACUUGGAGCCUCUUUUGUGUUCAUCCGCAGUUGAAAUAAAGUUUGUUAUUAUCUUAGAUUUCCUUGGAAUAUGCUCCAGUACCUCUCAACCACACCCAGGUUUCGCUUCUCUCAGGAGGCGAGCCUAAUAUAGAGCUGAACCAGCAUUUGCUGGAAGCCAACUGGAAAUGCCAUCUAAGCAAUUAAGAGCUAUGGAUUGUUGAUC